AAAGAGAUCCUACAUGAUACCGUUCUGUCUACAGAAAACCAUAUGGUUGAUAUCUUUCUGAUUUAUGUAACAGUCAUCCAAAAAAAUGGUUCUCAACCUAGUUACAGUUCAACUAAAUAAAUAUAAUAAGUAUCAUCUGUAAGUAAUAACUUUUUCGCCUGUGAAGCACUUGAUAUGCAAUACAAUUGCUUGCUACGUACGAAGUGUUGCCUAAGAGUAAUUUGUAGGAGACGUGUUCAAUUCAGACAUAGUAAACUGAGAUGUGACGAAGUGAUAAUAAAGUUGGAAUUUCGGUAAUAUUGACACGUUCGAAGGAAAACAUAGGCGAAAACAAGAAAAAUGGAAGAAAUGUCAAUGGAAGAUGAACGCCUCGAAGAAAAUAAAUUACAUUUUGUCGCUGCACUGAGUCCAAAUGAUGCGGGCCAACACCAUCAUGGUAAAAUAUACAAUAAGGCGGACAAGACAAACAGCGUAAUCGGCGCGGCCAUGAGCUUGCUAAGUCAUCUGAUAUUUGUCCUUUUUACAAUAUAUAUAACAUAUCUCUGUUUUGAAGACUACAGUUUAUUUUCAUGGCAUCCUACAUGUAUGACAAUUGGGUCCCUCCUUUUAAUGGCAGAGGCUGUGAUGAUCAUGUCCAAGGACAACAUAAUUGCAUCAAAACUUGGUCGACAAGCAAGAGUUCGACUGCACUGGAUGUUACAAGCAGUCCCGUGUAUCGCUGAUUGUGGAAAUGUUGAAAAACCCUGUUCUAAGACAUCUGAACAAAAUAUCAAUAGAUAAAUAAAUAGAUGUUAAUUUUAUAUUUAUAGUGUUUAACUUAAUAACAUGCAUCAUUAACAUAUUCACAAACAAUUCUUCUGAUGGGAUUAUUUUAAUUAUAAUUUAAUUAAAAGGUAGUAUGUUAUGAUUAGCUAAUAUAUUUGAGGUUUAUGGCUUUAAAUGUACGUAAACUAAGCUUUUUAUUUUGAGCGCAGCAAGGUUAGAGAUGAAUACCCACACUUGAGAACUAGAAUUGGUAAAAUGUUGGGCUAGUGCCAGUUUUAUGUACCACUUUGUUACAUCAAAUGAUUAUAAUUUAAAUGGGAAUUGUACAACGCAUUUUUCUAACACUGAAUUUGUUGGUGUUUUGGUACCGCGCCAUAUUUUCUCCAGAUACUAUUCAGUAAUAUUUUGGUACGUUGAAUUUAUACAAAUCUUAAUAAAUUAUUUAUUACCAAAUAGAGGUUGAAAAUUUAGAUAAGAACCUAAUUUUACUUAGUUCCUGAUGUAGUUAACGGUGGCAGUCGUAGUCAUAAUAUUGCAUUAAUGUUGUCUGAAUUAGGGAGUAAGUGUUUUUUGCUUCAGUCACAGAAAACAUUCCAUGUUUAUAUCUCAUGUUAUUUGCUGUGGCAUACUAACAUGAUAGGGCAGGAGUCCGUAUGAAACUGAUAGUUGUGCAGUUAGUAAAAAAUUCCCUAUCUUUUUACAGAACCCGAAGUAUCCUUACCAUGAGCACAAGAACCUGAUACUGGACCAUAUUUUGAGCCAGAUUAAUUCAGUAAUUGUUGCAUAAUUAGAUGCAGUUGACUAACCAUGAUCAUAUUUGGGUCUUUGUCAUACCCUUAAAAUUAAACUAGCAAAAAAUAUUUCGUAGAGAAAUGUCAGAAUUUGAAGACAUCUUACUUCGAUAAAUUUAACAUACGCCUCAAGUACAACUGUUAAAUUAGAUGCUGUUCUCGUUUGAUUAAAUUCUCUGUCCGCCAUUAAUUUUAAAGUUCUGAGUAAUUUUUUCUUCAGGAAAACGUGUUACCCACAGCAAAACAGUAGUGUGUAGUCAUUAAAUAUAUGAUGCUAACGGUGAAUUCUGUGCACUCUUGUACUUUUUGCUGUGCCAGUAAUAAUCAUAAUAAUGCAAAUCAAGCAAUAUAUAUAUAUAUAAUCUCCCUAAAGUACAUAUUGUUCACUUUCUAAUAAGAAUAAUGUAAUCAUUACCAGAAUUUACUUGGCUAUUCUUCAUCAUCUUCAGUUUUAAUUGAGUAUCUUUUUCUUCAUGUAAGUAGAUAAAUCUAACGCUCGAUGGGUGAAAAACUGUUGCACAAAUCUAUUAGUUAUAAUGUGCAUCGUUCAAGGAAUAUCACUGUUUGAAUAUGUACUUAUUUUGUUUUAAUGUCUUGGCUACCAGUUUUAUUUUUUUUUUUCCGCGGCGUAACAGCGUACGUACUGUAAAACAGACAUUCUCACCGAAGAUGCUCCUGUAUAUACAUACAGGAUAGUGCAAUUAUUGAAGCCAUAAUACAUAUUGGUGAUUGCCCAAUUUUGAUAUAAUCAUAAGUAUGUUUAUGCAUAAUGUAUGUUUGAAGUACCAAAUCUUGCCUUAAGUCAUAAUUGAAAACUAAAGACUGUAUCGUAAAAUAGUUUAAAUUUAUUAAAUACACCGAAAUUUAUAUGUUACAAUAUUUUAUAUAGAAGAGAAAUUGUAUCACAUUUUUAACUUUAGAACUGUCUGUUUAUGAGAUGGAUUUAUUUAAAAAUGAUAUAAUUUUAGAUAUUUUACAUUACUGUUUUAUGCUAUAUAUGUAAGAUAGAAUGAUUAAAUAUAUAAUGUGUUAUAUAACAUU